GUUAGCUGUCAGCAUUCAUUUCUCUACUUAAUUUGUCUACAUCUAUAUAAAUCUCUUCCCACCUUGAUUACUUUCUCAGUUAGAAAAACUAGAAGAUUUUGUCGGCGUUUAAAUCUGAAAACAAAUUUCUCAUUGACUUCUUACUUUACUCGAUUUUCCGAUUGAUUUUCAUCUUCAACACCAUCCCAACCAGUUCAAUCCAAUUCAAUCUUCUAGACAACUCCGGCGAGAAAAACCACCAAAAUCUUUACAAAUUUCAAAAAUGGAAGCAGCUUCAGAAAUUCUCCAACCCCAUAUCAUUAUGCUACCGAGUCCAGGUAUGGGUCAUCUUAUCCCAUUCAUUGAGUUAGCUAAACGGCUAGUUCUGAAUCAUGGCUUCUCAGUCACAUUCACUAUUCCAGCUGAAACUAAAACUGGGUCUCUUUCUAAAGCUCAAGAAUCUGUUCUUAAUUCCCUUCCUAGUUCUAUAAACUCUAUAGUUUUACCUCCUCUUGAUUUAAGUGAUAUAUUAUCAGCUGAUGUUAAGCCGGAAACUAUAGUUUCGGUAAUGGUAAAUCGUUCGCUUCCCUCUCUUUCUGACUCGUUCAAACUCAUCACUUCAACUCACCGAGUUGUUGCAUUUGUCGUUGACCUUUUUGGUGCUGAUGCUUUUGAUGUUGCUAUGGAGUUCAAUGUCAAGCCAUACAUUUUCUUUCCAUCAACAGCCAUGCUUUUGUCUUUAUUUUUCCAGUUGCCUAAAUUGGAUCAAGAUUACGAUUGUGAGUACAGAGAUGUGCCUGAGCCGAUUCAACUUCCGGGGUGUGUGCCUAUCAAUGGGAUCGAUCUUCUUGAACCGUUGCAAGAUAAGAAAAACGAGGCUUACACAUGGGUCUUACACCAUGCAAAAAGGUAUAAAUCUGCUGCAGGUGUCUUGGUAAACACCUUUGAAGGUUUGGAAACGGGUACUAUUAAAGCUCUGAAGGAGAAAGAAUCAGGUAACCCGCCGAUUUACCCGGUUGGACCUCUUAUCCGGACAGGUCCGAAUGACAAUGUGUCUGAUGAGUCUGGCUCUUUGAAGUGGUUGGAUGAUCAACCCCUUGGCUCCGUCCUAUUCGUCUCAUUUGGAAGCAUCGGAACCCUCUCCAGCGAGCAACUAACUGAAUUAGCUUUGGGCCUAGAAAUGAGUGAGCAAAGAUUUUUGUUGGUUGCAAGAAUUCCCAGUGAUGAUGGAAUAGUAUUCAAUUCCCAAGGUACCGCUGAUCCUUUUGAUUUCUUACCGGAGGGGUUCUUAGAAAGAACCAAAAACCUGGGUUUGGUUGUUCCUUCAUGGGCUCCUCAAGUUCAAGUCCUUGGCCACAAGUCUACGGGCGGCUUCUUAACACAUUGCGGCUGGAAUUCAACCCUUGAAAGCGUGGUACACGGUGUCCCUCUGAUUGCCUGGCCGCUUUUUGCAGAGCAAAAAAUGAAUGCUGUAAUGCUUGAAGAUUUGAAGGUUGCAUUAAGGCCAAAGGCAGACGAACGGGGAAUUAUUGGACGCAAUGAGAUUUCUAAAGUUAUUAGGGGACUUAUGGAAGGAGAAGAAGGGAUGAUUAUUAAGAGUAGGAUGUCAGAACUUCAAACUGCUGCAACAAAUGCGUUAGAAGUAAAUGGGUUUUCGGCUAAGUCAGUUAAUGAAUUGGCAAGUAUGUGGAAAAAUUAGAGGACUGCACAAAUAUAACAGAUUGGGUGCUUUUGUGUAUUUAUAUUUACAUGUUGUCGUGAUUUUGUUUAACACUAAAAAUAAAAGAGAUUGUGAUUUUGUUUAAUAAAGUGUCUUAUGUGUUAUUCUAGAAGAAUCCGUGUAUAUUUUGUAGACUUCAACCAGCGGGGAGCAAGAAUUUCUUUUAGGGGUGUCAAUAAUAUUUUGAUACAAA